GAGCGCCGAGGGCGGGAAGGCGGUGCGGCCACGCCCUUCGCUGUGGAGAGCCGCGCCCGGGUCCGCCCCACAGCCCGCGGCUGCCCCAUAGCCGCCCCAUAUCCGCCCCAUAGCUGCCUCAGAGCCGCCCUAUAGCCGCCCCAUGGUGGCAUAGGGAUCCACCCCUGUGCUCCACGGCGCCCCAUAGCGGUCUCUAUGGGUCUCUGUGCCUCGUUUAGAUCCCUAUCAGUCACUACAUCUGCUAUAGAUCACUAUGGAUACUCUGAGCGCUGCGGACUGCCCCGUGGUGCUGAGGUUUCGUCGCCUCCGAAGGACAGCAGCGGCCGCAGCCCCCGCCUCCCCCCCAUUCACUGCGUUCCCCUCUUUGAGACCGCCCCGAGGGGAGGGGGGCGUGGGAAAAAGGGGCGGAGCCUCCGCCCGCGCGGGAGAGAUCUCUCAGCCAAUCGAAGAGAAGGAGCGGUUCCCACGGUUCCAUUGAUGAAAAAAGGCGAAGAGGGACCUUUCCUUGGAAGCCCUCCCCGGCGGAGGGGGGGGCUGUUAAACUUGGGGGGGGGCUCAGUGUGAGAGAGGGAGGGUCCCAAAGGGUAUCAGUGUGACUGGGGGGUGGGGGUCCCAAAAGGCUCAGUGUAAUUUGAGGGAGGGGGGGAACCUUAAAAGGUUCGUAGAAGUGAGGGGGGGGUGGGGGGGGUCCCGAAGGGGUUCAUUACAAUUUUAUAGUCGGGGGGGUCCCGAAGCCGGGGGGUGGGGAGGGUGUCAUGCAAUCCGACGAUCUCUUCCUCCGCAAAAUGCGGGGGGGUCCCUCCCACUGCCGCCCCCCGCCCCCCCCCCACAACCCUCCAACGCAGCAGCAGUGAGGCCGCUUUGGGGACCCCCCCCUCCCCCCGUGCCCGCACCCACAGUCACGAGGAAACCUCCCCAGGAGGGGGGGGCGGCCCCCGCCGCUUCCGGGACCCUUUGGUGCUGUUGGGUUUGGGGGGUGGGGAGGCGGCGGGGGGGGGUCCCGAGGUUUUCCCCCGCCCCCCCUGGCCCCAUUUCGUGGCCCAUUACGACGUUCAGAGCAUUGUAUUCGAUCCUUUUGAAACCCCCCCGGACCCCCCCGGCACUUCGGGGGCUUCGGCCGCUCAUUUGGACCCUCCCCCCGAAAUGGGGGACCCCCCCGAAUUCGGGACCCCCCCUCACCCCCCCCCCGAUGCGGAGGACGUGUUGGUGCUGAGCUGCCCCCGUUUCAUAUGUGAGGUAGGGGGGGAAAAGGAGGAGGGGUUGGGGACCUCCCCCCGGAAUGACCCCCCCGGCCUCGGCUACAUCCCCAAUGCGGCUGUAGCGGUCCUGGAGGAGCCCCCCCCCGGGGAGAGACCCCCCCACGCCAUCGAGCACUGCGAUGGGGGGGCCGGGUUCUACCGCAAGUACUUCUAUGGGAAAGAGCACCUGAACUUCCUGGGUGAAGAUGAGCGGUGGGGUCCCAUGGCAGUGUCAGUGCGGCGCGAGGAGCGCGGGCUGCGCGUCCUGCAUCGCGUCAUCGUGCGCACCGGGCAGUUGCGUGCUCUCCGUGCCUCAGUGCUGGAGGAGGCACUGCCCCCCCACGUCCGCCCCCCCGGAUCCAGGGGAGGGGUCCCCCCCCGGCGCCUCCUGGAGCUGCUGCUCCCUGGGGGGGGGGCGCAGGUGCUGCGUUUGGCCGACCCCUCCCCCACUGUGCCCGACACGCUGCUCAAAGUGGACGAGCAAGGGGUGUGCCUGCAGCGCAAGGUGGGGGUGCUGUACUGCCGGGGGGGGCAGAGCUCAGAGGAGGAGAUGUACAACAACGAGAGUGCAGAGCCCCCCUUCCAGGAGUUCCUGGCACUGCUGGGCACGCGUGUGAGGCUGCGUGGCUUCCGGCACUACCGGGCACAGCUGGACACCAAGACUGACUCGACGGGGACGCAUUCGCUCUACACCACCUACCACGGCUAUGAGGUGAUGUUCCACGUCAGUACCAUGCUGCCCUUCACCCCCACCAACCCCCAGCAGCUCCUGCGGAAGCGGCACAUCGGGAACGACAUCGUCACCAUCAUCUUCCAGGAGCCCGGGGCGCUGCCCUUCUCCCCCCGCGCCAUCCGCUCCCACUUCCAGCACGUCUUCAUCGUUGUGCGAGUGCACCAACCCUGCACGCCCCACACGUCCUACAGCGUCGCAGUGACCCGCUCGGAUGACACCCCUCCCUUCGGCCCCCCCAUCGCCGUGGGGCAGCGCUUCCCCCGAGGCCCCCAACUCCGCCAUUUCCUUUUGGCCAAAGCCAUCAAUGGCGAAAAUGCCGCCUCCCGGGGGGGCCGCCUGGGGGCCAUGGCCGCCCGCACCCGCCACCAAUACCUCCGCGAACUCGCCCGCUCCACGCCAACGGACCCCCCCCCCGCCGCCCCCACCCGCGGCCUCCCGGUUCUGGGGGUCCGCCGGAGGGUGGGGGUCACCGUCGGGGGCGAUGCGGUGGUUGGGGGGGCGUUGGUGUGGGGGGCGAAGGCGUGGGUUGGGCAGGGGGGGGAGGAGACGGCGUGUUUGUUGGGGGUGGCGGCGGAGCGGGUGGUCCUGGUGACCCCCCAGGAGGGGCGGGUGCUGCUGAGCGCUGCCUGCCGAGACGUUCUGGGCUGGGCCUACGUGGAGGGAGGAGUCGAGAUCUUCUAUGGGGCGGGGGAGAGCGUGGGGCUGAGGCUGCCCCAUGGAGAGGCCGAGCAGGUGGUGGCCAGGCUGCAGGCGGUGACGCGCGGCUGUGAGGUUCUGGAGCUGUCGUUGCCCCGCGGUGCCGGGGGCCGUUUGGGGUUCCGGAUCGCCAGGGACGGUGUGGUGACGUCAGUGCAGCGCUUCUCCUUCGCCGAAGUGGGGGGGCUGCGCCGGGGGGCGCGAGUGCUGCGUGUGGCUCACAGCCCCCUCCCCAACCUCACCCCGCAGACACUGCGGGCGCUGCUGCGGGGACCCAAAGCUGUGCUCACCAUUCUGCCCCCAGACCGAGACGGGAGGCCCCGAAGGAGCUUCUCGGAGCUGUACGCCCGUUCCCUGGAGCAGGGCCAGGCUGGGGGGAGGGGCUCCGGGGGGGGGGACAUCGGGGACAGCAGCAGUGACAGCGACAGCGAUGGCAGUGAGGCAGCAGAGCAGCGGGGGGGGGGAGGGGGGCAGCUCAGCCUGGGGGUGGGGGUGGGGGGGGGGCUGCGCCCCGACACUCUGCGGCUGCUGCGCUCCUUAGAGCUGCCUGAGAGCCCCCCCCUGCCACAGAGCCCCCCCCCCGCACUGAGUCCCACCCGCCAGCAGAGCCCCCCCCAGGGGCCCCCCCUGGCUGACCCCACACCUGACCUCCUGCUGCCCCACCACAGCCCCCCCCCCCACAGGGAUAUGGGUGACCUCGGGUACCCUCUGCCCCCCCCCGAGGACGGAGUCCCCCCAGACCCCACACUGAGGCAUUCGCCAGGCAAAGCCCCCCCGGAGGAUGAGGAGUGGGAUUCCAUCUCCCGCGUGGCAGCCGCCUGCAGUGGAGUUCUGGAGGCGUUGGCACGAGAGGGGCAGCAGCUUCGGGACCCCCUCGGCCCCACAGCCACCCCAGCGCUGAGCCCUUCGGGGGCUGAGGAUGAGCCCCGGACGCUGUCAGAAAAAGUGUCGCAGUUGGAGGUGAUGCUGAAGCAGCUGAGGGGGGAGCUGCAGGAGGAGCAGGAGGCGAAGGCGCGGCUGCGGGCGGAGCUGCGGACACUGCGGCGCAGCAACCGCCGGCUGCAACGUGAGCACGAGGAUGCGGCCGCACGACUGCGCCGUGUCACACAACUGUUGCACGAGGACACCCCCACACAUUCCCUUGCACACACAACAUACACUCCCCAUGCACACUGCCCUUGCACACUCACAACUCAUGCCCCCCUCUCUUUGCACAUGGCCCCUCCUGGUGUACUCAUGCCCCCUCCUUGCAUGCACACUCCCUUGCACACUCACACUCAUGGCCCCCCCCAAUAAAGCACCAUCCGCCACCUCA